AUUGAUUCUAUGAAUACAAAUAUUUUGUUUAGGGUCAAACUUGUAUUAGCACUGAGCCUGCUAAUCAGUGAUUUGGAAGCUCAUACUGUAUACCAGAGCACUAGAAAUAUAUCAGAGCAGUCUUUCUACUCUCAUAUUAAACAAAGCAGCAAAGUUCAAACCAUUAAGAAAUGUGGGAUCCUUUGCAAUCACUGGCAGAAUAUACACGGAUCAUUUUGUAAUGCAUUCAGUUAUGACAAUACCACAAAGGUGUGCGACCUGGCAUUUCUGACCUAUCUAGAAGAUCCAGAUGUGGGGCAAAAAGAAAAAGAAAUUAUGAUUGAUUUUGAUGUUCUGCCCUUGAUUGACAAGAUCUGUCGAGGAGGAGAACAUUGUUGCAACAGAGGGAAACUGAAUCUAUGUGGUAUUGGAGAAGGAGACUGUGACACUGAUAAUGAUUGCUCUGGUGUACUAAUGUGUGGAAAGAACAACUGCAUGAAGUGGAGACCAGCAGGAGGAAGGUGGGAUGAGGAAGAUGAUUGUUGUGAGAAGCGAUGCACUCCAGAACAUCCAUGUGAUGAAGGUGGCGGCCAUUGUGAUGCAGAUGCUGAUUGUAAGAACAGCGAACGUGGCUUUUUAAAGUGCGGAAAUGACUUGUGCCUAAACACUAAUUAUUUUCCAGGACAUAUAUUUGUUAGAAAUUCAGAAACAUUUGGAUUCACAGGCACUGACAAUUGUUGUUACAAACCAUGUAACAAGCGCUAUCAUCUAUGCGGACAAAAUGAAGUUGGAUGUCAGGGUAAUGAGGAUUGCCUACCUGGAUACUAUUGUGUUACAACAGCUGCACAGCCAUAUUGUACUGAGUUAAAUGAAUGCUCUCCUAAAAAUGGUCAUUUUGAAGGACUUGCAUAUUGUGGGAGAAACACAGUUUGCACAAAUACAGUUGGAAGUUUUACAUGUACUUGUAAUACUGGCUAUGAAGAUUUUGCUGAACACAGUGGUUGUAUCGACACCAAUGAAUGCUCAGCUGGAACUGCAAACUGUGGUGCAAAUUCAAAUUGUUGGAACUUCCCAGGAACAUUUGUUUGUACUUGUAAGGUUGGGUUUACUGGAGACCCUGUGGCUGGAUGUACAGACAUUGAUGAAUGUAUUAACUCUGAUUGGCACAACUGCCAAAAUUCUCCAGGAUACAACUCAGAAACCUUUGGAUUAAACGGAAUUAAAUACUUUAAUGUCAGUUCAUCGAGCAUUGGAGACCAACAGCAUCACACAUUUAGAUUUGAGAUAGCUACCGAGAAGGAAGCUAGUUUCUAUUUGACAAAUGAUGAUUUAUCAAUUUCCUACAGAGCAGUUCUUCAGGAUUCUGGAUCAGAAAUAGAGAGAUGUGAGAAUUUGAACUGUGUUUCCCUGAUUAUUUCAAAUAAAAAACCAAUUCUUUCAUCAAGCUCAUUUAACCUUUUCUUCUUUGAUAUAUUUUAUGAAGAAGCAUCAGAGGAUACUACUCUUACAGUUUCAGACAGUAGUAAUAACAUUUUGUGUGAAGCUAAAUAUAAAGAAAUGGUACCUUUGACUAUCAAUAAAAUAGGAGUUGACAACAAUUUAGGGGGUCAAGUGGCUUACUGGAGAAACAUGAAAAAAAAUGUAGUAGAGCAAAUAUGUGUCAACACUGUAGGCAGCUUCCUUUGCAAGGAUAACCCAGAUGAGAUGAUAGGGAUUGGGUUUGGAGGUCACACUACAAGUAGUUCAGAUUAUCCAGAUAAAGUAGUUGUCUUUACUAAUCAAAAAUAUACUUGUGCAAACCAUAAAAUUGAUAAUAUCAGAGGAAGGUACAGCCCAGGAAUGGCUGAAUUGGAUGGUUGGCUGUACAUAUGUGGUGGGCAUUAUUAUAGAGCAACAGAUCCAUUGAUUGACUGUAAAAAAUUUGAUCUUAAUUCUAAAAAUGGAGCAUGGACAGCUGCACCAGACCUACCUAAAAAGCGUAGACAUUUUGAGAUGCUAAGAUUUGAGAGCUCAAUAUUUGUUUUAGGGGGACAAAACUACUGGAAAGGAGGAUCUGAAUGUCUUAACUCUCUACAUGAAUUCAAUCAUGAAUCAAAUAUUUGGACAUCUAAAGCAAAUUUGCCAUUUCCCAAUCAUAGACAUUGUGCUGUUGUAGAUGAUGAAGAUGGAAAAAUAUGGAUGAUUGGAGGUCAUGAAUGUGGUGUUGGAGAUAAAAUGCAAGUUUAUUAUUACACAGUCUCAAGUAAUAUAUGGACACAUCACAGCAAUCUAAUCGGCAAUCAGGCAGUAAUUGAUCCAUCUUGUGGAAUUAUCACCAAAACCACAGGAGAGAAAUGGUUGCUUGUAGUUAAAGGACAAAGAACAGAAGCAGUUAUCUUUUACGAUCUUACAAACCAAAAAGGUUGGAAUCAUGCAAGUAAUUUGUUUGGUAAUGGAAAACAAUAUUUCAUGCGCAUGAUAACUUUAAACCCAUAUUCAGCCUUUAUAGUAGGCUCUUAUUCUACAAGACAUGGCACAAGUUUAAAAAACAUUUUAGAGUUUAACCAAGAAACAAACAAUUUUGAGGACAAAUAUUAUUACCUUUUAAAUGAGAUGUACUUAGGGUAUUGGACAACUGUGAAAAAAUCCAAAAACUAUAAAGCUUUACAAGACUGUGUCUCAAUAAGAGAAUAUGCUGCUGUUUGCUGGGGUGGUCACACUACAUUGAGUUCAACAUAUCCAGCAACAUGGAGCAUUCUACUCAGGGAUAGGUUAAGAGAAGGAGAUCCUCAUCUUCCAGCUACCUGUCAUGGAAAGAUUCCAGACCUUUCUCCUGGAAGAUUGAGACCUGGGGUAACAGCAGUAGAUUACAAACUAAUAGUCUGUGGUGGACAAGUUUACCAAGGUAGUAUGGAAAGUAGUUGCUAUUAUUUGGAUACAAAUGAAUAUUUCCCUGUUUGGAAUACAAUGGAAAGUAUGCUAAUAAAAAGGGGAUACUUUGAGUUGACUUCUUAUGGAGAUGCAGCAUUUGCAAUAGCAGGUUGGAAUGGUGGUAACCUAGGACAAGUAGACAGAUGGACUGAAAGAGAAGGAUGGGUCAGAAUGGCAGAUUUACCCAUAAAUACACGUGAACACUGCUCAGUACCAGACCCAGGAUAUGAUAAAAUUUACAACUUAGGGGGAUAUAACAGAUAUACAAAUAACUAUGUAUACACAGUGUCUACUAAUACCUGGACGUCUAUGCCAAGCCUUUACUGGGGAGCUCAUAGAACUGCCUGCAGCAUAAUCAGACGAAGAUCAACUGGAAACAAGAUUAUUGUUCUAGUUGGAGAUGGUUACUCACGAACACAAUAUUUUGAUCUUACUGUUUAUGAAGCAAAUGGAAGUGGUGAAUGGAAUAGCUAUGCAACUCCUCAAUACUUCUCAUAUUACUCUACAAUUGUAACACUAACUCCUUAUGAAAGCUUUGAGAUGGGAGGAUAUAGUAAUUUAACCGGAGGACUCUCUACAAGAAACUUGUUUAUGUGGAAUCCUAUCUCUGAACGUCAUGAAGAUAUUGGUCUGAACCUUGUCCAUCCUCACUACUAUGGAGAUUGUACCAUUAUGCCAGCUGAUGCUAAGGUGCUUAAGGGGUGCACUCUGGGCUAGAAUUUGACCAGCUGAGAAAAAUGUAUUAUUAGACUCCCCAAAACCUGCAUAGAAAUAACAUUGGUUUUCUUCAAAAAAUUCAUCAAAAUUGACAUGUUGAAAAGAAUAGUUGGGCAAUACCAAGUUAAUUGAAAAUAUAGGGUGUCCCACCAAUUAACAGUUAAGUACAACGAAAGCUGUCUCAUCUGAAUAAAAUUCUUCAUACUUACAGUAAUCUUUAAAGCAUAACAAAGGCAGUCCACAUUUUAGAAGUAUCUGUAUAAGAAGUAUUUAGUGAUUAUUGUUUCAAGAUUCCACAUGUAAAAAUACGUUAAAAAUGAAUGAUGCAAAUUAAUUUAAGGAACAAUGAUGAUCUUCAAGUCAUCUCAUUACUAUGGUUUGACUCAACACAAUUCUCAUUUUGCAGAAUUCCCUAUAUUGUAUUAUUUGCAUAAAUGCAUAAAUGCAUAAAUGCAUAAAUGCUGAUUUUAAUCUAGAAGUUAUUUUUUCAUAAAAUUAAGGGCUUGAAAAUGUUUAAGGAAUUACUUUCCUGAAUUUUCAAACCUUAUUACUAAUUUAUGGCGUUCUGUGCACUUUUAAAGAAUAAUGAUCCAUGUAAUCUGAAUUGAAUUGGACACUUAAUAACUUAAUAAUUGUAUUUAGUUAUGGUUGAAAUUGAUCUUUCAAAAUUUAUUAGAUUGAUUAUUUUUAAAUUUUAAACCACAUAUUUACCCAGCUUUAUAAAUUAUUUAUCUGACGAGGUUAACACAUUGA